AAAAUAUUUUUGGCAUCGUUGGCAAGAUAUUUUGGCGACAUUUUGUAUCGGCAAACCUUGCGCGGAAUAAGAGAAAAGCGAGCUUCAAAUCGUUAAAAUGCAUCGUAUGUUUGAGUGUCUCAUGUUUAUCGUUACUUAGACAAUUUUUCUCGCACCACGUGGAAAAUCUAUUUCUUAUGUUGAAUACAAGCUUUUUUAAGAACACAUUUUGAAAGUUAUGAAUAAAAACACAGAAUGACCAGCAACGCAAUUCGAAGUAUUCGGCGAAAGAAGUCCUCCUUAUCCGAAGUCAAAAUUGUAGUUUUGGGAGCGCCGGGAGUUGGAAAAAGUGCUUUUUACGGGUUUCCAUCAAAUUUCUGAUACGGAUAUCACACAAGAGAAAAAUAUGAGCUACCAAAAGCGAACUCGAUCCUCAACUCUAAAGGCAGUUGCCGAUAGGGUUGCUUAAUUGCCCGAACAGUUGCUCGUAGCCGUUUUUUGUUCUUGCGAAGACUUUAGAUAUUCUCGUCUAUUUCCUGAUAAUCCUUUAAUAUUGAUGUCAACUAUGGAGAAUGGAAAUGCAGAAUCAUUUGGUCAGAUGGAUGCUAUGAAAAUCUUAUAAGCAUUAGAAGAUUCCUCAGAAUGGAAUGUUUGUCACUGUCUUUCAGAGUAAAACAAAAUACUGUCAUGAAGAUCCCUGUAGCAGAAUCUUUAGCAUUGACAGUCCGAUUUCUCACUAAAAGAUUCAUUGGUGAAUAUGAUCAUCAAACAGAAAACAGAUAUAAAAACGAGAUAAUGGUGGAUAAUGAUCCUGUUAUAUUUGAGAUUGUCGAUACAUGUCCAAGGAAUUUUACAGAUUUCCCGAGAGAAGAACUUUUACAUUGGGCUGAUGGUUUUUUAUUAGUCUAUUCCAUAAUUGAUAAAGAUUCUUUUACAUAUAUUCAAGAAGUGCGUCGACUCAUUCAGAAUUACAGACCAUCUUCUCCAGGUAGUUCCCAUCCUCCAUGCCCUAUAGUAGUUGUGGCCAACAAAGCUGAUCUUAUACACCUAAGAAAAGUCACUUUCGAACAAGGGGAAAAGCUUGCAAAAGAAGUGGAAGCCUCUUUUUCCGAAAUAGCUGCAUCCGAACAUGUUCAUCAAGUUGCAGAUGCAUUUAGUGAACUUUUUCGAGAAGUUAAUGUUUUUCGUCGACGCUCAAAACAAUCACUCUUGGAUCGGAUUAAACAUGGUGGAAAGAACUCAAACAAAAGUGAUAGAAAAUGAAACCUUCCAAGGGAUGAUUAGUGCAGAUGAUAUUUCUUUCGUCCAAAUUUCUUAUUUUGCUAUAUAAAAUUACAUUCUUUAGAUUAAUGUUUGCCUACCUUACAAAUGAAAAGUUUUCGACUACUGUUGAAAAAAUUAUAAAAAUAUUUACUAAAAGUUAUUUUUAUCAUGGGAUUACCUUUGGAUAUGCGAACUUCAUAAUUGUGGGCAAAAGGUUUUCAAUUCGCUUAAAACUUGCAACCGCUAUUAGGAGGCUAAUAGGGGCCACAAUCUAGGAAAUAUGGACCAUAUUUCCUAGAUUGCAGAAAUCAGUCGAAAGCUUUAUUCAGAGAAAUGUUUUUGUGUUUCGUAUUUUAAAAUAUCGUCUGCAUUAAUUAAUAAGCCGGUUUGAAGCAACCAUUUUAAGCCAAUUAAACUGAGUACAUAAAGAUCCAAUCACAAAAUCAAAAGUUAUUCAAGAUUUCUUAAAGGAAAUACUCUUUUUGCAUGUCUUUACAAAGUGUCUAUAUAAUUGGUUUUUAUCUUGUUUGCCGGAGUUUUUACUUAUAAAGACAAAAUUAUACGAGAGUAAUUUUUUGGGCAAUUUUAUUGAAAACAAAUAUCUUACUAUUUGAUGUUUCAUUAGUGAAGAAACACACUAUGAAUAUCCUGCAAUUUGUAGAAAUUUCAUUAAAAUUUAUGUUUUUUAUGCAAUUAUUAAAAAUAGCUAAAAAUAAUAAUUCAGUCGAGAUAAUUGUUAAUGGCAUUUAUGAGUUUAUUUUCUUCUAAUUAUUUAAAGAUCGGAUCUCGGAAUCUCUUCAAACUCUAAUAUUUCUCCACACUAAACUAUGUUUUUUAUUUUGACCUCUUUCAAUUUAACCUUUUAUUUCUUGAAAUAUUUUAGAGCAGAUUUACUUUUGAUUAAACUUUUGCUAUCAAUUUCAUUGAUAUUACAAAAAGUUCUUCACUAGUGGUCGUCAAUAUGUUAUUGAAAUGUCCAUGAAAUACUAAGUGAGCAUCUUCAACGGCUUUUCUUCAAACUCAACCAAUGAGAAGACAGAUUAAUGACGGUUGUUAACCAGAAUCGAUUUUCGCAGAAUGAAUCACGCUAUUGUAUUUUGUCCGUUUUUGAAUUGUAAUAAAUUUUCAAGUGAGAUUUUGCUUAUGCAAAAUUCAUAUUUUGUCUGAACUAAUUUCGGAAUAAAAAGAACUAAAUCAAUGUAGCAUAAAAAAAGUUUCAAAUAAUUCGCGCUUUUGUAAAUAAUCUAGAGUUUACAAAUAAGAUAAGUGUUUUUCUAUUAACAAGUUGAAUCAUCAACAACAGUGUUCCUUAAAGAGGCCAUUUAUUAAGGUCAAAUAACUCCACCAUUAUAAGCUUACCUAAAUGAAAAUAAUCAAAAUCAAUGAAAAUUUUAUGAAAUAUUUUCAUGUAACAAAACUGUUUCU